AUGCCUAAAAUUCUGUCCGGGCUACCGCUAUCCGGUUUGUUUGGCGUUGCAAAACCAUCCGGCCCCACGUCGAUGUCCGUUCUUGAGACACUCAAGCCUCUAGUUGCGAGCACCAAGCUAUUCGUCGAGGCAAGCAAGCUGAAGCAAGGGCCAGGGAAGACGAAGAAGGCCAAGCAUACAAAAUAUGCAGUCAAAAUUGGCCAGGGAGGCACCUUGGAUCCUCUCGCAGAUGGCGUCCUCGUCGUUGGAGUAGGCAAGGGCACAAAAAAACUAGGCGACUUCCUAGAUUGCGUAAAGGAAUACCGCACGACAUGUUUGCUAGGCUGUGAAACCGAUUCGUAUGACAGCGAGGGGGCUCAAGUUCGCGUCGCCCCAUGGCGGCACGUCACUCGAGAGCAGGUCCAGAAAGCGCUGGAUGAAUUCAGAGGGGAGAUCAUGCAGGCACCACCUAUAUUUUCCGCUCUUAAAAUGGACGGAAAACCGUUGUACGAGUAUGCUCGCAGCGGCACCCCUCUGCCCCGCCCGAUCGAGAAGCGCAAGGUCACUGUGCAUUCCCUCGAGCUCGUCGACUGGAAGGGGAGCGAUCACAGUUUCCGCUGGCCUGAGAAGAAAUUUACGGAUGAGCAGAAGAAGGCUGUCGAGAAGGCGUUGCAAGGCGUCGAAGAGAAUGUUGCAGUCCAAGACGAGCCAGAAGCUAGCGCAUCGCCAGGUGAAGUCCCGACUGCAUUCAUCCUGAGCAUGAAGGUAACCGGUGGGACGUACGUGCGUUCCAUCGUUCAUGAUCUGGGACACGCUCUUGGAUCUGCAGCCCACGUCGUCACCCUUACGCGGACACGACAAGGGCGCUUCGUCCUUGAAGCUGAAGACGAAACCGACCGCCCGUGCAUUCCAUGGGAGGUUUUCCGGGAAGCAGCGGAUGACCCGGGCGAAAUUGACAGCGACGGGUGGACGAAAUGGGAAAGGGCAGUCAUGGAUCACCUGGAGAUAGUAGAAGGGAAGUGAUGAUAUAUCAGCUACCUGGGAUGUGCGAGUGGCUACGUGUUUUCAACGGCCCUUAUAAAUGACUGUCUUUUUGGG